GCCCACAGAAACCCAGGGAGAGAGAGGGCAGUGCACCAGUCAUGGGUGUCUCUCAUGAGCCACAGAUCCCAGCCAGGGCCAGGCUGGAGUGAGAGCCACCAGCAGAGAAACUGGGCAUUCUCCUGGCCCCUCCAGCUGUGAAGGGAAGGAGCACAUGAGAGCUGCUGGGAAGAGACUGUAUUUACAGCUCCAAAGGCAGCCCAAGAAAGGAGGCAAGCAAGGGAGAUAGCCCUCUCCCAGCUGGACUCAGCCCCAGCUGGUGGGUUUUUAAGCCCAUGCCCAGCCUCUUGGUCCGAGCUCUCACGAGCGGAUUGGAGCAGGGAGUACUCUGAAGUACAGGGACAUUUCUCUAAGGGAUCCUUGAACCUACACAAUGUGCUUUCCUCCCACAAAGUAGGACGCAUUGCCCUCUCCUCAGGCCAGGUGGCUCAGCUGUCGAGUACAAGCCAGCUGUUCUGCAAGGGCAACCCAUCUCCUGAGCUGGUGCUGAUGGGAGGACAGGCCUGACAUUGCUGGAGUAUCAUCUCUUCCCCCAAACACGCCACUCCUAACAGGACACAGUCAGAUUUCUUCUUGCUCUUACGGACAAUGCCAGCUUCUGGGUGGCCAUAGAAACUUUGGCUCCUGGAGAGAAAGGACCAUCUCUUUGGUGCCGUGUUGAAGGAUGGCUGGAUCCCUCCCUGCCAGCCACUGGAUCCUAUUACUGUGUGUGGGAUUCCUGGCAGUGGCCUCAUGUGUUGGCUCAGUGGGGUCGGAGAAACUUGGAAGCAGAAGAAGCCGAGAGAAGAAAUCCCAGUGGAAUGAGUAUCCCACAGGCCAGGGAAGAAGCAGCAUGCCUUUGCCAGCCUCUAACAACCCGGAACCCCUUCCUGAGCAGUCUCGCAGCAUCGACCCCAGGGACGCCUGGAUGCUCUUUAUGAAACAAUCAAACAAAGGAGUGAACAGCAAGAAACGGGACAAAGGCAAAUCAAAAAAAUUCAAGUUUGGCCUGCCAGGCCCACCAGGUCCCCCCGGCCCUCAAGGAGCCCUGGUGACACCAGAAGAAUUGCUGAAGGACUUCCGGCUGCUGCUGAAAGAGGUGGUAAAAGAGCGGGAGAGGAUGAGCCUGAAGGCCUGUGAAGGUUGCCAGGAAGGUGAGGAAGAGGAGGAGAGAGGAGAAGAUGACAUCUUGGCACUUGUUGCUGGUCCGUUGGCAAAGAGUAAGCCACAGCAUCGAGUGGAGGCAGCCUUCCACUGCCGAAUACGGAGAAACAUUUCCAUUGAACGGAGAUCCCUGCAAGAACUUCGGAUCUAUUACAUACCUCAGAAAGAGGGGGUGUUCCAUCGAGGCCUGGGGCUGAACCUGACCAGCGGCCAAUACACAGCACCUGUUGCAGGGUAUUACACCUUCACCGCCACCUUGCACAUCGUUCAUGGAGAACAACAGAAGAAAGGGCAACAGCGUGCGAGAGAUCGCCUGCGGGUACUGAUCUGCGUCCAGUCUCUGUGUCAACAUAACAUUUCUCUGGAGACGGUGGCUGGUUUGGACAGCAGUGAACUUUUCACCAUCUCAGUCAGUGGAGUCCUGUACUUACAGGCUGGCCAGUAUGCCUCAGUUUUUGUAGAUAAUGCCACUGGAUCAUCCCUCACUGUUCGAAGUGGCUCGGAUUUCAGCGCUGUUCUUCUGGGGGUGUGAAUGGUCUCAAACCACCUGCCCUUACACGCUGUAAGCUGAAUUGGUUUCUUCAGCAAAAACCACCUUAAUUCUCUCCCACCCACGCACAGGGAGCAAAGCAUAGUGAGGUCAGGAGCAGCAGUCUCUACAGAUUCUGCUUGUGCUGCAAAACCCAGCCACCAGCCACCAUACUUUGCACAAGACCUCAAGCAUCCAAAGAUGAUGGAGAGCUGGAAAGAAAAUUGGAAGCAUGAAAAUAGGAGGACUCACUAAAUCCAUCCCCCUUUAAUUUAAUUUAUGGCCAGAUUUUGAGGCUUAUUUUACAUGGACAAUUAUAAUAUGGCUGACUUCCAAAACCAGACCAAGUUUUAUAAAGGAACCCCUCCCCCCAAUCAAGCACGAAUCCUUAGGAAAAGGUGAUUUGAAGAAGCCUUCACCCAUAGACUAGCACUUUGGCAAUUUUUUGCUGUUCAGUUUUUCAGCAGCCAAAGCCAGAUUAUGUAUAUAGCUCUAGCUUUCUUAUAGCUCAUCAGUUAAGGUUUGCUAUCAGCAGGCACUGGUACUUGGAAGUUAAUUUUCAAUGCAGAGCAGUGUCCUGAUAAGGCAGCAGACUAGUUAGAACGUGAAUUACUAUCCAAUGAUUUUCCACUUCCUAGGCACUGUGUACUCGCAUCACCACCCCAUUCUCUGCCCAUGGCAGAGAGCCCAGUCAAUGGGUGGUGGAGAUACUCACCAUUACGCCUGGUUUUAGUCCCGAUAGCGCAGUCUAACUCCGAUUAACCCAAUGGGACUACGUGCAUAAAUAAGGGCUGCAGGAAUGGGCCCUAAAUUAAUAACAAAGGCAGGGAAAGAAAAAGAUGCAGUCUCAUUUCUUAGUACCAUGUACUUAAUUCCUGAGCUCCUGCCAGAACUUCAAUGAGAUAUCCUAGAACUACACUCAGCUCCACCUUCAUGAUAGCAGGACAAGGGGCUCAACUCUCUCUGAAUUUUAUUUUUUCCCCCACCAGCAAAGCUUUUCCAGUCCUGCUAGAGGAACUGCUUUCACAGCAAACUCUCCUUUCAGGAAACAAAGUUAACUUGGACUAGGGCAUUUGCUGUUGGCAGCAUUUUCACAAAAUCUUUCAGGAAAAACCUACAUAUGCUGCCCUUUACAUAAAAUACUAGCGCUCUCUACAAACCAGCUCAUAUCAUUCGCUGAUUAGAAAACUGUAAGUACCUCUCUACUGCAAUAAAAGACCAGCAGCAUGGCUGCAGCUGGCCCAGGUCAGCUGACAAGGCUCAGGCUGUGGGGCUUAAACUUGCAGUAUAGACAUACAGGUUCAUGCUGAGACUCCAUGAGGAGGGAGGGUCUCUGAGCCCAGGCUCCGGCCUAAGCCUCAACAUCUUUGCUGCAAUUUUUAGCCCCACAGCCCAAAUCAAAUGACCUGGGCUCCGAGUCUCAGUGCUGCGAGUUUUUCAUUGCAGUGUAGCCAUACCCUAACUGUUGUCUUAGAAAAGCUUUACAAGUCUCAAUUUGGAGCCCUGGUAACAUACAAAGUAGGACAUAAGCCCCAAGUUCAAAAAUUUGGUGCUUUCAGCUUUUUAUAGUAUAUAGCAACUUACACACCAAAUUCCUGCAGUCUUUACUCUAGCUGAACUCCCACUGAAGUUGUGGAGAAUUCAAGCCUGAAAGCCCUUCUCUUUACUAGGAAAAGAAGUUGUGUUCUUACCACGUGGUAAAAUCCUAGUGAACACAGACCAUGUUGUAGCUUUCACACAAAUCAGCAGACCAAGGCAAACAUCAGGGUUCCCCAUGGCAGGUCAAAGUAAGAUCUGAAGGACACUGCCAGGGCUUUACUGUUUCAUACAAGUAUCAGAGGGGUAGCCGU